AUGAGUGAAAGGUCAGUGAUUAGCAAAGACUUGUACCGAGACGAGAAAUCAGGCUUGGAAGGCUUUAUCUGUGCCGGCAGCAGCAUCCCCACACAGGCAGCAUGGGGCGGCGGGAGGCGUAAGUACAAGACCCAGCCUGACCUUCCCCCUGGGGGUUGGGCUUAUAUUUCAUGUGUGGUACUUACCUUUAUUGCUGGAUCGUUGUCCACAAGUGUUAAUGCCCGAGUAACUGAUACUAACUCUGAGGGGCUGGAAUUGAGGAAGAAUGUUACCAAAAAUGAAACUCAGUGCAUGGAAGGCAUGCAUCAUGGAGGCCAAUUCUGCUGUAAGCCAUGUCCUGCUGGCACAUGGAAAGCUGCUGACUGCCUAGUUGAUAAGGGCCAACCACUCUGUAAGGUCUGCCGAGAAGGGGAGGAGUACACAGAGAAGGAACAUUAUUCUCCUAAAUGCAGAAGAUGUAGAAUUUGUGAUGGAGGACAUGGCUUGGAAGUGGAAAUGAACUGUACCCAGACUCAGAAUACCAAGUGCAGAUGUAAAUCAAACUUUUUUUGUAACACUUCUGUUUGUGAACACUGUGACCCCUGCAGCACGUGUGAGCAUGGAAUCAUUGAGAAAUGCACACCGACCAGCAACACCAAAUGCAAAGAAAAAGGAUCCAGAUCUAAUUUGCUGUGGUUGUGUUUCCUCUUGUUCCUGGUUCCAGUAAUAAUAGUUUGGGGUAAGCUCUUACUUUUUUCAAAGUGGCUGAGAAAAUACAGAUCAUGGAGCAGUAAAAAGCGUGAUUGCCACAAAUCUGCAACCCUAAAUCCUGAGACAGUGCCAAUGAAUUUAUCAGACAUUGACUUGAGUAAAUAUAUCACUGCUAUUGCUGAAAUAAUGACAAUACAUGACGUUAAAGAAUUUGUUCGGAAGAAUGGUAUGAAUGAAGCCAAAAUAGAUGACAUCAAGAACGACAAUCCCCAAGACACAGCUGAGCAGAAAGUCCAACUGCUUCACAAUUGGUACCAAUGUCACGGGAAGAAAGACGCAUAUAACACUAUGAUUAAAAGUUUGAGAAAAGCCAAUCUUUGUGCUCUUGCAGAAAAAAUUGAGGAAAUAGUCCAGAAGGACAUAACCAGUGACCAAGAAAUUUCAAACUUCAACAAUGAAAAUGAAAGACAAAGCUUGGCAUAGAGUGAAAAAUCACUAACUCAGUUCUGAGAAUGUGUAAUUAGUGUUUGAAAAAGUUCCUAAUAACCGAAUGCUGUAAAUAUUGCUUGGCUUUUUACUGGGUGUUUUUUACUUUUUCUUUUAUUAGAUUUGUAGGCUAAUAUAUAGUUGAAUGCAAAAUUUAAUAACGUUCUACCUCAAAGAUCUUUGCACAGGUGAUUGGUAUUUUAUUGUGCAAUAUUUCAAUUUUGUAUUCACAUAGAAAAUUCAGAUUAAAUUAUAAUGCUUGAGUA